GGGAAAUUUGACAGUGCGGGAAACUUCAACAAACCAGUCUGCUUUUAUUGUUAAUGUCUGUAUGUCAUGGAUCGCUACGUAUUGAUCACGUCCUUCGGUCAAGCUGACGACAGCUCGGCGGACGGACAGAAAUAUUUGGAGCCACUGAAGCAGCUUUAUGAAAGCCUUCUGGACACCUCAGCUCAAGAAUCAGUGAGGAGCUCUGCCUUCCCAGCUUGUUCUCUCAGUGGCAGCCCGGCAGCUCAGAGGUGGUACUUUGCAGUCCAGGUUUGCCAUGGAGAAUCACAGUUUUGCAGCUCUGACUGGGAAGACUUGGGAAGCGGUCAGCAGAAAAGUGAGAGUGAAGAGGAGAAGCAGACUGCUCUGGAGGCAUGUUUGACUUCACUGAGUCUUCAGGAGGCACCAGAACAAAAGGCUGACCAGUCAACACUGAUGGAGUUGAUGGAGGAAGCUGCAGAAGGCCUGCAUCUGCUGUCAGACAAACUGCCACCUUCAGGUAAAGCUUUGGUGGACGUUCUGGUGCUGGUGUCCACUGAGCAGUCCCCUCCCAUGAAAGACCUUCUGCCUCUGCUGGGAGCUCUGAAACACAUGUCCUGCUGGCACAACGCUAAGAUCACUGUUGUUACCCAGCAUGCUACUGGGUGGCAGAGAGUGGCCUCCUCCCUGGGCGCUGGUCUGGUGGACCCAGCUGAGUUGAGCAGCUGUAUCGACCGCACAGAGCUGUGGAGGGGAGCCUUGCUCGUCAGAGAGAAGAAGUAUGUGUCAGAGCUGCGCUUUGAUGGCUUCUCUCUGCGCUCUCCCGUGCAUCGUUUAUCAGAGUCGGAUCUUCUGCGAGCUCCCGGCGCGACGGCAGACCACAAACUGCACUCAGAGGUCUUCCAUUACUACGCCCCCGCUUUAGACUUGGUUCAGCUGGUGAAGCUGUCGGACCUGCCCAGCUUCCUGCUGUCCAGCACCCACUUUGAACUUGGUUUGUCUGGAAAGUCAAUGAAAGCUCAGCUUCUCCUGGACCAGCUGAGGUCGCUGCGUGGGAAGGUCGGGGCUUUGUUCAGCCUGUCCUGUGUGAUCACUCCCGUUGCCCAGCCUGCGUCCAGCCAGCUCAGCUCCCAGCGCUGGAGGGAGACUCUGGCCAGGAGACCCAAGUCCUUACAGGUGCCAGAUGUGGAGGUGAAGGGUGAGAGCGCCGUCUACUUCCUGUUGGUCCAAGGCUCCGACGACGCCGGGAGCGCAGCCUGCCGGGUCCGGAUGUUGCACUCAGACUCUCAAAUUAACGGAGCUGCCGCCAUGGCAACUGUCUCCGGAUUGCUGAGAGAGAUGUCUCUUUCAUCAUCAGGAAUAGCCGGCGGCAGCAUCCUGCGCCCUCUGCCAUGUCUCCAAGGAAACCGGCUGCUGGAGAGAGAGAGGAAAGUGACCCAGGUUCAGACGCUGGUGCUCAAAGAAUAUCUCAGGCGAAGAGGAGGAGCGUCCGUACCCGUCAAUGACCUGAAGGUCAUUCUGAACCAGGCCAGGGAGCAGUACCUGAAGAUGGCGGAGUCCGGUCUUCCCUCAGCCGCCACCUGUCUGACAGACAGUAAAACCUCCAAAACCUCCGGUUUCCAGACUCUUUCCCAUCCGCCGUCUGAGUGGCCGGAGAGGACUGUCCUCCUCAACAUUGAGAACCUGCAGAGGAAGCGACAGAGGAAAAGGUUUGGCCUGUUAGGCCCGGGCUCCAGCGACAGCCUGCUGGGCCCUAAAGACUGCCAGAGAGGCUCGCCUGCUUUACUCGACGCUAAAGAACUCCUGAAACACUUCACUGCGGACGGCCUGCCGACAGCCGAGCUGCAACCUCUGGCUAUCAACAGAGGUAUUAAUGUGUUUCAGUUAUCGCCGGACCUCUCCCCCAGGAGAGUCACCAAUAUGCCCUUCAGCAAAGCGUCAGCCUCUCAUUAUCACGGCAUCGACUUCUGCCUGGACAACCAGCGGUCUCUGGAGCGGGAUCAGACCUACGUCCGGCUGCAGUCGCGCCUGAUCCGCUACGAGACCCAGACGACCUGCUCCAAGGAGCCUUGCGCCCUGCCCUUCGCCCUCAGCCCCGCCCCUUCACCAGCUGUGCUGUCCGAGCCAGGAAGCGUUCCCGACGGAGAGACCCUGCAGAACAACAAGCGGAGGGGUUGGGAGGCGGACAUCGUCGGAGGACGCCCUCACAAAAGGCUGGUGAAGUCGGAGAGCAGCGAGUCGCUGUGCUCCCAGAGCAGCGGCGGCGGCGGCGGUACGCACCCCGUCAUCAGGUCGCUACGGCAACACCCCAGCAGAUCACAGUCCGUCUCGUCCUCCUCCUCGUUCUGCACGGCCACCAGGCGCGCCUCAGGUUUGGCGGCCCCCCCCUGCGCCGACAGACCCAAACCCCAGCAGCAGAAGAUGCAGCAAGGACCCACGGAGGACAAAGCCUCCAAGGAGUCCCGUUCACAGAAGCACAACCGGAUGCUGCAGGAGGUUGUAGCUAAAACACUCAAGCACCAUGGGAUCGCUGCCGAGCACGAGAGCUUUGAGGCCUGCAGCAAGAGACUGUUUGAUAUCUCCAAAUUUUACCUCAAGGAUCUGAAGACAUCUCGGGGUCUGCACGACGAGAUGAAGAAAGCAGCCAGCAGCAACGUUAAACAGGUUAUUGACUGGGUGCUGGAGAAGAUGUCAAAGAAAAGGUGAAGAAAAUGAGAAAAAGUGACACAUUUUAAUGAAUAUUUGAUUAUUUUAAGGCCGUCAGAUUAGUGUUAAAUUGUUCCACUGAGGCCGUUUUAAUUGCCAUAAUCCUUUGUCAUUUGAAUCAGUUUUUCUUUUCUCCUCAGAGGAUAGUUUAACACCCCGUCACUGAAAGCUUUUGUGUGUGUUUGGUUGUUUGUUUGUCUGCUCACUGAUCUGACUGCAGUUAAUCUGUUUGCAGCAGUUUUUUUUUUUUAAAUGAUUUUAAAUCCUCAACCACUUUUUAAAUUCCUAAAA